UGCUCUGUAAGUGGGUGGACCUUUCGCUGCUCCGCCCCGUGACCUGCGCGCUUGCGGAGAGGUACAAGGUCAGAGGUUUCGGAGCCGUCAUGGCGGCGCUGUGCCGGACUCGUGCAGUCACUGCCGAGAGCCAUUUCCUGCGAGUGUUUCUCUUCUCUCGGCCCUGUCGAGGCGCAGGAACUGAGAGUAGCUCCGGGGGUGAGAGUUCCGACUCCCCAGAGCCUAAAAGGCGCCCAGGCGGCUUCGCGAACGCUUUGGAGCGGCAUUCAGAGCUGUGGCGAAAGGGGGAGCUCCCGCAGAAGAGAGGCUCUCCAAAAAAUGUGGAAUCCUUUGCGUCUAUGCUGAGACAUUCUCCUCUUACACAGAUGGGACCUGCCAAGGAUAAACUAGUUAUUGGACGAAUCUUUCAUAUUGUGGAAAAUGAUCUUUAUAUUGAUUUUGGUGGCAAGUUUCAUUGUGUGUGUAGAAGACCAGAAGUGGAUGGAGAUGACAGACUCUUCAUUCCGACAAGGAGAAUGUCAAGGCUCUUGGGAGCUGCAUUUGAUGUAGCUGUUCUACCUGGAACUUAAGAAUCAGGCGGAUAGACAGGAAGUUCAAGGAAGGCUGGCAAUAGAAGCAAAGGUACGGAGGAAUAGAAGUAUGUGGGAAUGGACAUCAGGCCAAGAUAUGGAAGCCAUCUUGAGAAGUGGGCCCAAAACAUGGGCUCUGGGAAGAUGAGACCUCAAGCUUCAGCUAAGGGGUAAUGAGACUUGUAGGGUUAAGAUCAAGAAAUAUCUGUGUUAAAAAAUGAACUAAAGUUGCUAAUUGGAUAUUGCAGGAAUGGAGGGAAGGAGGGGUCAACAUGAAUCAAAGCUGAUUGAAUCGCUGUGAGUCAUGCUGUGAGGACAAAGGAAAGAAUCUGUUAGAACAUAAGUUAUAGCUCCAAGUAAUAUAGAAAAUAGUGUUCACCUUUACCUUGCCUAUGAACCAACCUUAUUUUUCCAGAGGAUAAUUCAUAUAGAAUAUGUCCUGUAAUUGCUGUUUUCUAAGAUUAUAAGGCUAUGCUCAAUAUUUUAGGAUAUCUUUAAUUUUUUAAACAAAGACAGAAAAUAAGAUCUGUGCUGUCAAAUACACCCUCAUGUAUACAUACGUGUGAAUAGAUAGAAGAACUAGAAAAUAUGACUGACUUCAUUAUUUUACACAGUUUUACAAAAGAAUAUUUACUUGUAUUAUCAGAAAGAAAAAUAAGUUUUUUUAAAAAAAACCAAGUAGCCUUCAUAUUUAUUUGAUAGAUCAUUUAUAAAUUCCUUCAGAAUACCUAAUUAAACAUUGUAUGGAGACUAUUCAUUAUAUGGCCUACAAAAAUCGUUUUUCAGUGACUUUUUUUGAGAACUUUGUUUCUUUCCAUUUAUGUAAAGUUGUUUAAUUUAAAAUUAGAAUACUUGGUGGGCAGGCACACCUCAGAGAUAAUGCAGGCUUGGUUCCAGGUCACCACAAUGAAGCAAAUAUUGCAGUAAAGCAAGUCAGAUGAAUUUUUUGGUUUCCCAGUGCAUGUAAAAGUUAUGUUUGCCCUAUACUUUAGUCUAUUAAGUGUGCAAUAAUAGCAUUAUGUCUAAAAAAACAAUGUAUAGUUCACCCUUGAACAAUGAAGGGGUUACAGCUGCUGACCCCCCCCCCCCGCCCCCGUGCAAUCGAAAACCUGCAUACAAUUUUGACUCCCCAGAAACUUAAACUAAUAGCCUACUGUUGGGGCACCUGGGUGGCUCAGUUGGUUAAGUGUCUGACUCCUAAUUUCAGCUCAGGUCAUGAUAUCUCAUGGUUAGGUU